AUGCGGGAUAUAAAAACAUAUCUCUCUGUAGCACCCGUCGUAAGUACUCUAUGGUUUGGGGCUUUACGAGGUUUAUUGAUAGAAAUUAAUCGUUUAUUUCCAGAUGCUUUGUCAUUCCCCUUUUUUUCAUUCUAG